UGCGAGGGUGAUAAUUCAAACUCCGAAGGAAAUGACAAUUUUCAUGCCGAAGACUAUGAUCAUCAAGACUUGGACCAGACUGGCGAUGAAAUCGAUGAUACUUGCGAAAACUCUCUCUCAGAUCAUCAAGAUUUGGACCAGACUGGCGAUGAAAUCGAUGAUUCUUGCGAAAACUCUCUCUCAGAUCAUCAAGAUUUGGACCAGACUGACAAUGAAAUCGAUGAUACUCGCGAAAAGUCUCCCUCAGUAAUGGCCGUUGAACGUCGAGAAAAAAUGAAAGGACUGCACUUGCGACGUCACAGAACUUAA